CACCUGCUUCUUUUAUAAUCCCAUUUCUCUCACAAAUCUUAACAGAAAACAAAAUUUUAAAAACAACAAAAAAAAAAAAACAUUAAGAACACAUUUUCGAGAGAUUUAGUUUGGUGUGAAAAUGGCACUAGCAAUCAACGUUUCUUCAUCUUCUUCUUCUGCGAUCUCAAGCUCUAGCUUCCCUUCUUCCGAUCUCAAAGUACCACAAAUCGGAUCAUUGAGGUUAUUGGAUCGUAUCAAUGUCUCUGCGGCGUCUCUGAGUUUAUCCGGGAAGAGAUCCUCCGUGAAAGCUCUAAAUGUGCAAUCAAUUACAAAGGAAUCCAUUGUUGCUUCUGAGCUUACAGAGAAGCUAGAUGUCGUGGAAGUUGAAGACUUUGAGGAACUAGCAAAGAGAUUAGAGAAUGCUUCUCCUCUUGAGAUCAUGGAUAAAGCUCUUGAGAAGUUUGGGAAUGACAUUGCAAUUGCCUUUAGUGGAGCUGAAGAUGUUGCUCUGAUUGAGUAUGCUCAUUUAACUGGAAGACCUUAUAGGGUUUUCAGUUUGGAUACAGGGAGAUUGAAUCCGGAAACAUACAGACUCUUCGAUACCGUGGAGAAGCAUUACGGUAUUCGGAUUGAGUAUAUGUUUCCUGAUGCUGUUGAGGUUCAAGCCUUGGUUAGGAACAAGGGUUUGUUCUCUUUCUAUGAAGAUGGUCACCAGGAGUGCUGCCGUAUUAGAAAGGUGAGACCUUUGAGGCGUGCUUUGAAGGGCUUACGUGCUUGGAUCACUGGUCAGAGAAAAGAUCAAUCGCCUGGGACAAGAUCGGAGAUUCCGGUUGUUCAGGUUGAUCCAGUGUUUGAAGGAUUAGAUGGUGGAGUUGGUAGUUUGGUGAAGUGGAAUCCGGUUGCGAAUGUUGAAGGGAAUGAUGUUUGGAAUUUCUUGAGGACUAUGGAUGUUCCUGUCAACACGCUUCAUGCUGCUGGUUAUGUUUCAAUCGGAUGUGAGCCAUGUACGAGAGCAGUUUUGCCGGGUCAGCAUGAGAGAGAAGGGAGAUGGUGGUGGGAAGAUGCUAAGGCUAAAGAGUGUGGACUUCACAAAGGGAAUAUCAAGGAGAAUACCAAUGGAAACGCAACUGCUAAUGUCAACGGGACAUCCACGGUGGCGGAUAUUUUCAACAGCGAGAAUGUUGUGAACUUGAGCAGGCAAGGGAUUGAGAAUUUGAUGAAGUUAGAGAACCGGAAAGAGGCUUGGAUCGUUGUGCUUUAUGCACCGUGGUGCCCGUUUUGUCAGGCAAUGGAAGCUUCAUUUGAUGAAUUGGCAGAUAAGCUCGGCGGAAAUGGCGUGAAGGUUGCUAAGUUUAGAGCUGAUGGUGACCAGAAGGACUUUGCCAAAAAGGAGUUGCAGCUUGGAAGCUUUCCAACAAUACUUGUGUUCCCAAAGAACUCUUCGAGACCAAUCAAGUAUCCAUCAGAGAAAAGAGAUGUUGAUUCCUUGACAUCUUUCUUUAAUCUUGUUCGGUAAAUCCGUUAAAAAUCCGCCGACUUUAUGAUGAGAAAAAGAGAUCAAUAAAAGAUCUCUCAGUCUCGUUCCAGAAUGCUAGAACAGAUUGAAGCAGGUCAAGAUGAGAAUCUCUAUUGGAGCUUUAGCUUUUUGUAUAGCUGUAGUUAAAAUAAUUACACCAAGGUUUUGCCUUUUGUGAUUUUAUUUUUACCAAUCUUCAGUGUAUUACUCUUUUUUGCCUUUGUGAUGGAUAUGAACAAGUUUUCCAAGAUGGAUUCCUUUGAAA